AGUAGAGAAGCUCGCUCAAAACUAAUCUUCGCAUCAGAAAACACAAGCUCCAUUUAUUUUGAAAAAAUCAAAAAGCGCAAAAGCCUUUUUACGCAAAAACGUCCAAGGAAAUAUUUUCCCACUCUCUAUCGUUGAGUUUGCUUUAAAGCAAAACGUCCAAAAAAAAACAUUGAGUUUACGUAAAAAAGAAAUAAGUAUUUUGUUUUCGCGCUCUUUAUCAUUGAAGCGAGCACGCAAUUGUCUUUUGUGUGCAAUUAAAAUAAAAAUGACGUCGCCUCAGUUUCGGAAAACUGCCAGCCGCAAAAUGGGAGGAGCGGUCUUCGGCAGAGUUUUGAUGUUGUGGUCGUUCCUGUAUCAAAUGCAAAAAUGUCUGGGUCAGGAAGAAUCCAAUUUUGUCAUGCUUGUCUGGCAUGACUCGAGCAUCUGUGUUGCAUAGGCACGAAAAGGCCUUAUUACCUGUCAUGCAAAAGCGCAGCUUACCAUGCCAUGCGGAAUACGUAAGCCAUGGAAGCCAAAAAAUUUGUCAACAUGCAUAGCUGCGUAUUGCAGUGCGUCUAUCAUUCACUUUUAGCAUUACAAGUUUCCAGACCCAGACAUAUUUGCAAUCCAUAUCCUGUUGGGUUCGUCGCUUUUCGGGUCGGCGUUGGAAAAGUCACACUAUCCUGUGCAAAAGUAUCGUACUCGUAUUGCAAUCAUGCGUUACAAAUCCUUUUGCUAAGGUAAAUCUGCAUUACAAAUUUUAUUUCUCAUGCUGAGAAAAUUUGUAAUGCAUUUAUACGAGUACGAUACUUUUGCAGUUCAUACACGCGUCUCAUCUGGGCCUCGUGUGGGGAGGCAUUCCGCGGGACGCGCGCACGUGGUUGCGGUGCACCGCCAGCCGUCUGACGGCCAUGGUGGUGAUUCACUGCCGCUACCGGCUUCGUCUGGGUCUCGUGCUCGAGCUCGUGUGGGGCUGGGGGGGCCGGGGCGCGGCUCCGCUGCGGUGCGCCAGCCGUCUUCUUCCAGGGAGGACGGAUUCGUCGACUUGGAACUGGGUGGUAACCUCCACAGUGCAGCAGGUAGGGCGUCUGCAAGUCGAGUUUCGGAGAGGAAUGGACUUCUCUUGCGCGCUGCUGGAAGCGCUGCUAGCGCUGCUCUCACUCUUGGUGAGGCUGUUGGAAGGCGCGCUCUUAGCGCUGCUAGCAGGGUUGGUGAGGCUGUUGACCGGUUCAAUUUAAGUGACGACCAGGAAAUAGAGGACCUGCGCGAGUUUAACGCCUUCGAGCAGAAACUCGCCGACUGUUGGGACAAUAAUUCCGAUGGAGCAGUCUCUUUGAAGUCGUUUUGGUUCGGUCCGCAUAUGAGGCAACUACAAGGUCUUAAACAACAGCCCCUGUUCAACAGGUUGCCGCCGCCGGACGAGGCGAUCCAGAUCGGGAUUUUUGAUAUCGCGCCGCUGGACAGGCGAUUCAUUCUCCAGGAAGAGGCUCGAAAGUUAUGGAAGGCAGUUGGCGACUUAGUUAAAUCUUUCCAUUUCCCGACACUGCAACGCAUCAUCGAGGAAAAACCCGAUUUUGGGCACGCACAAGCCGGCCGUUGCCCCCGCAAUGGGGUUCGCACAAUCGAAAUGCCUCCGUGGUGGUUUCGUGACGAACAGGGCUUUCUGCGGGACGACGUUCCGUUCUCGUUAUGUGAUAUAUGGUCCAGAACUCGUGGGCCUCUGUCUAGAAAGGACUUGCUGCCCCAGAACAUUCGACAGUCGAGAGAGGGUAAGAGAGUCUCAUUUCUUGCGCGAUCAUACAGCGAUAUCUAUUGGAAGGCGAUCCUCGACAGGCCCGAUACCGACAUAGAAGCCGCAAUCAAGGUUGGCGCUGGACCUCGAGGGAUGCGUGUGGACGAUGUCCACGAAGGUUCCUCGAAUGGCACAAGUACGGCGAUGAAGAAAAAAAUCAGUUGGACUGUCGACUACGAGUUCCAAAGGAAGUAUACCGAUGCGAUUUCCGAAGCGGAUCAUUACAAUACCUUCCCGCCUAUUUCUUGCCGCUCAACAUGGGAGUGGAGCUUUUUGGUGGACUUUGUCGAGUCGGCGCCUCGCCUUCUGAGAGUUGACAUCAAAGAGAUGGACUUCGAAGUCUUCGAAGUUCCUUUCCAACGUGUGGAAGCUGAACAUCACCGGGCUGGGUCUGUCCCUUUGCGUUCGCUCAGCUUUUUCUAGAGCGAACGUGCUGCAUGCGGGUUCGCAUUUUGAUUUUUGAAACAGUUUUGGACCUUGUUUUGUACCUUGUUUUGGACCUGGUAGAGGCGGCUUGUUUUGGGCCUUGUGGUUGUGCGGAG